AGGGACGCACCACUGGAUUCCCCGCAGUCAGCGUCUGUUUGGGGGUCAGAUCAUCGGUCAGGCCCUCGUAGCUGCUGCCAAAUCAGUCAGCGAUAAUCUCUACGCCCAUUCCCUCCACUGCUACUUUGUACGGGCAGGAGACCCUAAGGUGCCCGUGCUGUACCAGGUGGACCGCAUCAGAGACGGACGCAGCUUCACGGUGCGCUCCGUCAGGGCCAUCCAGCACGGGCAGCCCAUCCUCAUCUGCCAGGCCUCCUUCCAGAUGCUGCAGCCCAGCCCCCUGCAGCACCAGUUCACCAUGCCUGUGGUCCCCCCACCCGAAGACCUCCUCACCGUGGAGGAGCUCAUCCGCCUCUAUCUCAGUAAACCAGACCUGGCAGAGAAAUAUAAGCUAGGCCUGAACAAACUGCUGGCCAACGAGGUCCCCAUCGAGAUAAAGCCGGUCAACCCCCCGGUCUUUUACAAACUCACUGCGAGCGAGCCGAAGAACCUGUUCUGGGUGCGAGCACGAGGAUAUAUUGGUGAGGGCAACAUGAAGCUGCACUGCUGCGUUGCUGCCUACGUGUCAGACUUUGCGUUCCUGGGCACCGCUCUGCUUCCGUACCCCGGCUACAGAGCUCAGUUUGCCGCCUCGCUGGACCACGCCAUGUGGUUCCACAGCACCUUCCGCAGCGACGAGUGGAUGCUGUACGAGUGUGAGAGCCCGUGGGCAGGCGGCAGCAGGGGAUUGGUGCAGGGGCGGCUGUGGAGGAGGGACGGGGUCCUCGCUGCCUCGUGCUCCCAGGAGGGGGUCCUGAGAGUGAAGCCAGUCACACGGCCCAGCAAACUAUAAGCACUUACUUAUCAGAUUUAAAUUAAUCAUAUAACUGUUUUCUGAUUUUUAUACAUACAUGUGUAAUUUAAUAACUAUUAUUCGUUUUUUUAAUAUAUAUUAGAUUUCCAGUCAAUAAAUAAUGAAAAUGUUAUAAUGAG